AUGUGGACCAACCAAACCUCUCUUGCGGAUUGGCUGUCUGAGAACAACUUCACGGUGUAUGUGCACGAUCAUGUUGCUUCGGACAAAUCUGCGCUUGAAACUUGCGAAUCUUGCAAGAUGAUCCAGUCUCCAGCCGCACACGGCAUUUGCGCGACAGGUCUGCAGUCUCUUGAUGCCGCGAUCAAGAUGUCUUGCAAGAAGAUCCAGUCUGAAUCCGCGCACGGCAUUGAACAGAAAGAUCUGCAGUCGAUUAAGGCCGCGAUCAAGAUGUCUUGCAAGAAGAUCCAGUCUGCAUCCGCGCACGGCAUUGAACAGAAAGAUCUGCAGUCGAUUAAAGCCGCGAUCAAGAUGCCGUGCAAGAAGAUCCAGUCUACAGCCGUGCACAAACUUGAACUCAUUGAACAGGAGGGCCUGCAGUCUAUUGAGGACACGAUCAACACGGCUGACUUGCACGAAAUUGAACUCAUGGAACAGGAAGGUCUGCAGCCUAUUCAGGCCACGAUCAACAUGUCUGAAUUGCUGUGUCAUGUGGGACUUCUUAGCACUUGCCGUAGCUGCGUUGGCAGCCGCCUGGUGGUCCUUUUCUGA